CCAGCACUACCAACAACCGUUACUUGGCGCUCUGUCCAAAAAAAAAUCUGAAAAUUAUAUUCCGUUCCGACACUUGUUACAUCGCUUCCUGACCCAAAGUCCCCUGAAACCUAGCUUAAACGUUAAUGUUCAGAUUAAAGAAGUAACGAGAAUACUUCAUAUAGUGUAACCCCGCUUGGUUUUUUGUGGACCUGUUGAAAGCAAAGCGCGCCGCUCCGGUACAUUUUUUGACGGCAGCCAUGUUUCGCAGCAAUCUGGAAGGCAGCGCCGCAUCUGUGAGUGCCCCCCAUACCGGGUGGGAAUAUUCAACCGCUGACGAUGCUCCUUUCCAGGACAACUUUGCUGCUUUCCACGGCAGGGGGGGCCUCAACUUGCUGGGCCUGCAAAACAUUUACUUGGACACCAGUGGCGGAGGAAACAAUAGCUUGCCGCCCACACCGUCCAUCUCGUCCGCCACGCUCAGUCCGCCCAGUACUCCUCUGACACCGCUGACCCCCGAACCGACGGCGCAGACGACGCACUUCCCCCUACUGUCUGACAGCACCGCCGCGGCCAACACAUUACUGCUCCAGCGCCAGUACCACUACCAUUUGCUGCUCCAGCAACAGCAACAACAACUGGCCCUGGCGCAGCACCAGUUGGCGCUGGCGGCAUCGGCGGCGGCUGUCAAUGCAAAUCACCAACAGCAGGACGAGAUUGCUCGAUCUUUAAAAAGAUUUGCGCAUUUGACGCCUGGCGCAGCAGAGGACGCCGCUUGUACAAUGCAGGAAGCGAUGCAAGAGUUUGCGACCAACGGCUAUGUGAGCGACGACAUCAAUCGUUUAUCCUACGCCACUACACCGCCGGCUGCCCAGACGCCACCUCCGGCAAUGCAGCAGCAGCAGCAGAUGCACCUACCGUUGGGGCGCAAUCCCCAGCUGCCGGUCAAUAGCAAUGUAAUUCCGCUAGCGGCACCUCUCACCGCCCAUUGGCUACAAACCUACAGGGAACAGCUGAACAAUGUAUGGCGCCACAUGUCCUACAUGCCGGCCGCUACCAAUGUCUCGGGACUACAGGCUCAGGCCGCGCCAGCCAUGUCUCCCAAUAUCGGGGUGGGAAUAAAUCUGGGCUUGCCUUUGCAGCCGGAACAAGUGCGGAACGGAACUAAUCUCAAUACCAACAACAUAAACAAGAUGCACAAGCGUUUUAACAACAAGGCUAAAGAGAUCAGCCGUCACUGCGUGUUCUGUGAGAACAAUAACGAACCGGAAGCGGUGGUCAACAGCCACACGGUGCGGGACAACUUCAACCGAGUGCUGUGCCCCAAAUUGCGCACCUACGUCUGCCCCAUUUGCGGAGCAUCUGGGGAUUCGGCACACACCAUUAAAUACUGCCCCAAGAAGCCGAUUAUUACCAUGGAGGAUGCCAUUAAGGCAGAGUCCUUUCGCCUAACUAAGAGUGGCUACUACAAGCAGCAAAUGAAGGUCUAGAUCCGACAACAAGUUCAGGAAGAGCAGAGGCUCUGGCAGCUUUUGCAGCGUUUAUAUAAACUGAAAUAUAUAUACGCGUUCCGAGCGAGGCUGGAUAAAAUACUAGACUGAAACACUAUAAAGCGCCUGGCGCGUUCGAUUUUAUAAAGUUUUUAAACUUGUCCCGUGCCUAUUUCUAUAGUAUAUAGUAGUCACCAAUCUAUCACUCAACCAAAGUUAAAGCAAAAAAACAUAAAAAAGGUUUUUGUUCGUUUCUGUGAAAAAGAAACCAAAUUUUGUAAUACAAGAGUACUCACGAUAUCGUAAUGUUUGUUCAAUCGUGUUCGAGGCCGAUAGAAGCAUCUCGCGAUCCGGAAGUUAAUGGAAGGAACUGCCGGCCUACAAGAUUUCUUAAACAUUUUAAUCGUAUGUUGUUCGUUUCAGGCCGACACGAUUUCGGUAUAUGUAUCUGUAAUUGGAAUACAGUGUGUACUAAAAUUUUGAAAUAAGAGAGAGCACUUUGAAUAUCGAACUGCCAAUCAUAAUAUAAUAUUAGAAUUUAAUAUAAAGCCUGGAAAAGGAAAGAUCAAGAAACACUUUCGAUCAAAUCGGCGACACCUAACAUUUUCAUUGUGAAAGUUUUUAAAUUUUUGACAUUCCAUAUAUUUUGAUAAUUCAAGAUACUUUUUUACUACAUGUAUCGCUUAUAUACAUUCCAAACACGUCUAUAUAUAAGUGAAAUAUAUAUAUAUUUUUUAAACCGUG